AUUAAAAAAUAUUUAAUUUUAUGAAAUAAUAAUUGAAAAUAUAUAAAUAAGCAAAAGUUUUUUUAUUUUUCCAAUAAGCUCGACCGCCUGUGAACCGACCAAUAGGAAUAUAUCAUUAGUUCCGGAAUUCCACCAGAAACAAUGAGUUAUGUGCUCCCUUCUUCUCUGGCCGCCGUGAGUCCUUUGCUUGGAGCGGCGCUUUCUGUGCUUAAACGGCCGCUCAGGAUCGUUUUUAAAAAAUCAAUGGAGAUGAGGCCUGAAACAAGCACCUCUACUUCAAAUACAUGUCUAGGAAAAUCUAAGAACAAGGAUGGCAAGGAAAAAGCUUCGAAAAAGGGACUGAGCAUAGAAAACUAUCAUAUUGAAGGAAUUUCAAUUGCUGGGCAUGAAACAUGUGUCAUUAUUCCCGGUCUAAAGCUAGCAUUUGAUAUUGGCAAGUGCCCGCAACGCGCUGUGUCUCAAAACUUUGUCCUCAUCUCCCAUGGCCAUAUGGACCACAUUGGAGGAUUGCCCAUGUAUGUGGCUACACGUGGCCUUUAUAGAAUGAUGCCACCUACAAUUGUUGUGCCAAAGGCCAUUAAGGAAAGUGUUGAGAAGAUUUUUGAAGCUCAUAGAGCUAUGGACCAAUCUGAACUCAAUCAUACUUUGAUUGCCUUGGAUGUUGGGGAAGAGUUUUCCUUAAGCAAAGAGCUAAAAGUGAAGGCGUUCAGAACUUACCAUGUCAUACCCAGCCAGGGUUACAUAGUUUAUUCCAUAAAAGAAAAGCUUAAGCAAGAAUACAUUGGUCUUGGACAGGAUGAAAUAAAGAGUUUGAAGUCAUCUUGUGUGGAAAUCACAAACACUGUAAGAACACCUGAAAUUGCUUUUACAGGAGACACAAUGUCAGAUUUCAUUUUGGACGGUGACAACAUCGAUGUUUUAAGGGCAAAGAUACUGAUUAUGGAGAGCACGUAUGUCGACAAAACAACCUCAACGGAGGCUGCUAGGGAGUAUGGGCAUACUCAUUUGUCUGAGAUAGUCGAAUAUGCGGACCGGUUUCAAAACAAAGCGAUACUUCUGAUUCAUUUCUCAGCUCGAUAUAAACUUGAUGUAAUUGAAGAAGCUAUUUCCGCAUUAACUCCACCUCUGGCAGGCAGAGUUUUUGCCCUAACAGAAGGUUUUUGAGGUGUGAACGAGGAUCAGGGGAAUUCACCUCACAAAGAAUGGAUUUUAUGGAUACACUCCCUUACAAUUUUACACUACCUUUUACCAAGUUAAUUUGACUUUUUUUUUAAUUUUUAAAUUAAAUUAUUAGUUUGACAAAAUGAACCUUCCUCAAAUAAUUCGAUUAAUAAUUUUAUUUUAUGCGGAGUAGUUAAGAUUAUUAAAGUAAAAUAAAUUCAUUAUU